GUGAGGGACGCUCAUUUUAUCUCCUUUUUAACCCCUUUUUUCGACUGACAUCAUGGGUCAGCGCAACGAAACGCACCACAAACUGUUUUUUGGUUGAAAAUGAGCUCAGCGGGGUUAGAAUUUGACGUUUUAUGGCACGAGAAAACCGUUGACCUCGUGAAGAUGCUCUCCGUCUGUAUGAGGGCGAAUCCCCUCAGACUGGGUUAAGUUAACCAGUCGUUUUUUAGCUCGACUCCGCUUUAUUUUGAGCCUUAGUUGUGCUGUUUUUUUCUCCUUAUUUCGUCGUUUGAGCGUUUUGGGGGAGUGGAGUCUCCCACUGUGUAUUUUAAUGACUGGUUUCGUGUUUUGCUGCGCGAUGUACAUGGAUAAAACCAGUGUGCUCCGGGGCCCGUCCGCGUCCAGUCCUCGGCUCCUGACUAAGAGUCUGUCUCUGGAGCCGGGCCCCUGCCCAGGAGCCCACGACACCCCUCAGCGCCUUUGCUCGGACCCCGGACCCCUGGGGCCCCAGCACUGCAACGGCACGAGUGAAAAUGGGCCCCAAGAUGCACCCCCUCCGCCCCCAAAAACCCGCCCACCUUUACCUGGCCCCAAACCACAAGUGCCCCCGAAACCACCACAUCUACAACAACAGAGUGCCCGUCGCCCCCGGCCCCCAGACAAGCCCCUCCCACCACCUCCAUCACGCCCACUCCCAGCAGAUCCCCGCCAGUCACGGGCCACGCUGUCGCGAGCUGAGGGAAGCUCCUCCCCUACAUGUGUCCUAUCACUAAUCGAGCGAUUUGAGAGGGAGCAAAUCAUCAUGGUGCCCGACAUCACAGGUGGAGUGAUGUGUACCCCGCGGGUCCCUGAGCAGCAGUCUGCUGUAGGGUCUUUAACCCCACCAUCAGAGACCGUCCUGCCCUGCACCUCCAUUCCAGGGCCUGUGGAGGCUCUUCUGGCCAAGCAAGAGCAAGAGGAACAGCAAGUGGAGGGGGAGGAGGUGAAAGAGGAGGUUCAAGAGGAGGACGAGAGUGAACUGGGUGCCUCCUGCUCCGAAAAGCGCUUGUCCAUGGAGUCUGGCUACAGCGCCUCCGACAAACUGCUGGACGCUGUGGAUAUGAGGGACCUCAAUCAGUCAGAAAUUCCUUCGGACCGAUUGUCCCUCCCCCCGCCGCAGACAGACGGCAAACUGGCCAACAGGGACAGUGGCAUCGACAGCAUCAGCUCUCCAUCUCACAGUGAGGAACUAUGCUUUGCUGGGGACGAGGAUCGCAUCGGGCAUGAAAGAGAGAUGUGUCCGUGCAGCCCCACUGCCGCUCUUCCUCGCCUCUCCUCCUCUUCCUCAUGCGGCUGUGUGGAAGGAGCCGUUGGAGAGGGAGCCACUGCAGCAGAGGGUGGGAGGGACUCGGAGGGGGACAGCGAUUUGGAAGAAGGGAGCGGGGAUGAGAGUGAGAUGAACCCCAUGGCCCUGCAGCCUCUCCCAAAAGCAGAGAGGCAGGACUCGGUUGAGCUGUCAGUCCAGCAGCGAGUCUUUAACAUCGCCAACGAGCUCCUACAGACCGAGAAGGCUUACGUGUCCAGACUUCACCUACUGGACCAGGUGUUCUGUGGGCGGCUGAUGGAAGAGGCGCGGACCCGCGGGUCUUUUCCCUGCGAGGUGGUCAUGGGCAUCUUCUCCAACAUCUGCUCCAUUUACUGCUUCCACCAGCAGUUCCUGCUGCCAGCACUGGAGAAGCGCAUGGAGGAAUGGGAUGCGAACCCACGGAUCGGGGACAUCCUGCAGAAGUUAGCUCCCUUCCUGAAAAUGUAUGGUGAGUAUGUGAAGAACUUUGACACGGCCAUGGAGCUGGUGAACACCUGGAUGGAGCGAUCCUCGCAGUUUAAAGCCAUCGUCCACGACAUUCAGAAAGAGGAGAUGUGUGGUAACCUCACCCUGCAGCACCACAUGUUGGAGCCCGUGCAGCGGAUCCCUCGGUACGAGCUGCUGCUGAAGGACUACUUGCACCGACUGCCUGAGGACGCAGAUGACUUUAAAGAUGCGCAGAAAUCUUUGGAGCUGAUUGCAACGGCGGCUGAGCAUUCCAAUGCAGCCAUCAGGAAAAUGGAGCGAAUGAGAAAGUUGUUGAAGGUGUAUGAACUGCUCGGGGGAGAAGAGGACAUUGUUAACCCGACUAACGAGCUCAUUAAGGAGGGACACAUCCUCAAACUGUCAGCCAAGAACGGAACUUCACAGGACAGAUACCUCAUACUGUUCAAUGACAGGUUACUGUACUGUGUCCCCAAGCUGAGACUGAUUGGACAGAAAUUUGGAGUGCGGGCGAGAAUUGAUGUAGACGGCAUGGAGCUGAAAGAGACGAGUAGUAUAAACGUUCCACGGACCUUUCUAGUGUCAGGAAAACAGCGCUCUCUUGAACUGCAGGCCAGGACUGAAGAAGAAAAGAAAGACUGGAUUCAGGCGAUCCAGGCCACUAUUCAGAGACACGAGCAGAGUGUUGAGACGUUCCGGGUGUUGAACUGCUCAGUGCGGGAGGAGGACUGCACUCCCCCCAAUUCCCCGAACUGCACAGAACUGGGAAAGCGUGCCCCGACUCCUAUCCGGGAAAAAGAGGUGACGCUGUGUAUGAAGUGCCAGGAGCCAUUCAACUCCAUCACUAAGAGACGCCACCACUGCAAAGCGUGUGGACACGUGGUGUGUGGGAAGUGCUCAGAGUUCCGCGCCCGGUUGUUGUAUGAUAACAAUCGGGCAAACCGCGUGUGUAUAGACUGCUACACCACAUUGGUGGGAGUCCCGCCCUCUCCAGCCAGUCUGACAAAUAGCGCUCAAAGAAGACGCUCAAUUCUAGAGAAACAGGCUUCUGUUGCGGCGGAGAACAGCGUGCUCUGCAGCUUCCUGCACCACAUGGAGAAGGGCAGCGGGCGUGGCUGGCAGAAGGCUUGGUUCGUCAUCCCUGAAAAUGAACCACUGGUGCUUUACAUAUAUGGUGCUCCACAGGAUGUAAAAGCCCAGCGCAGCAUCCCCCUCAUUGGCUUUGAAGUCUCCCUACCCGAGUCAUGUGACCGUCUGGAGCGUCGCUAUGCCUUCAAAAUGAGCCAGAGUCACCUGACGGUUUACUUCAGUGCAGAUGGGGAGGAGCUUCAGCGGCGCUGGAUGGAGGUCCUCUCAAGAGCUGGAAGAGGGGAGGAGAUACAAGCUCAUGGUCCAAUCUCUGAGGCCCUGGAGGAAGAAGGGGAGGAGCCAACCUCUCUAGGAGAAAGCACAUGAUUGGUUGAUAAAUAUAUCUCUUUUUUUGCACACAUGAACUGUACAAAUGUGACCACAAGGACAAUAUCUGGCAUACAAACACAGACACACACGAGUACACACAGACACACACACACACCACAGACAUACACACACCUUCGCUUUUACACACAUCUGUUCUAAUUGUCGGUUGUAAGUUGCAUGAAAUAUCUACAGGUACGUUUGUCCGUGUAUUGCUCAUCUUCUUUGAGUGACAGGUGUUUGCGAAACCUGCCAAUGUGUGCUCACCUACACAUGGCGCGUCUGAGGACACGUCAAAGAUAGUCGCCAUGCUUUAAUAUCACCUUUCCUCCGCAGCUAGCGAUUUCUAUGUUAGAUAGAGCCACUCUUUCUGCCAAACAUUGCUGUGUUGUUUUUUUAAACGAGUGAUUUCUUGCUGGACUUUUCAGUGCUUGUAAACUCAUCCGUGUCGUUCUGGGAGAAGGCCUGCAGAUUUCUCAGCGUGAUUAGGCAACUUGGCACUAAGCUCCACUAUCAAGUUCAGUAUAGGAAAGUCAAAGGUGCGAAGGGCAGGUUCUGCGUAGGUUUACUGUUAAGAUGUACAGCAAACAGAUGGCACAGAUUAGUCAUCCCCAACUUAGAUAAACUGAAAGAAUGGUCACGAUUUUUCAGAUUUAUGUACUAAGACUAGUACACAAUCAUUUAUGGAAUACAGCUGUUUUUAUGGCCAUAAUUUCCUAUUAAAUGAUUAAAUUUAAGAGCUUGCAAGUUCUAAAAAAUGAACACAUUGUAGCGUUGUAGAAAAGACAGUUUUGCCAGUCAUCAAGUUUUUGGCUGUUGAGGGAUUCCUGAAGUUGAUCUUUUAUGCUGAUCUUUGGAUCAGUUUCUCUUCAGCAUAUACUAAACCAUAAAAUCAGAUCUCAGGAGUGAGGCAGCAGUGUGGAGCAUCAGAUCAGCUCCCUUCUGCCACCCUGUGGAGUUUUACUGCAUUGCAUUGUGAUGCUGUUAAAAUUCCUUAUUUGGCUUAAUACUGUUUAAAAAGAAGAUUGUGUGCUAAAAUGUGGGUCUAAGAAAACACAUUGGUAGAAUAACAUGGCUGUAGAGCACAGCAUGUGUGAGCGAGUCCCCUGCUGCUCCAGAGAAAAAGAGUGACUGAUUUUGUGCUAGUAGAUUAUAUGCGGGGGACAAGACUGUAGAUACAGGGAGACUUUAUAGAGUGAGAGAGAGCGAGAGGUAUGUGUGUAUUGGGCUAGUUUUUAUCAUUAUGACAUCAGUGAUAUCUGCCUUAUCCAGAAGGGUUUUUUGAUAAGAAAAUUAAGAGUAUAUAUAAAUAAGAAAAAAAAACAUGGUAAAGGUUUUGAUGACGAUACUAAGCGUUUUAAGCAGUGUUGUAUUUGUGUAUGAAAAGUGCUAAAAGGGUAAAAGACAAUUGCGUUUGUAAAUAUAAUUUAUUCCUCUGGACCCAGUUUUGUGGGUUGGGUAUUAUUGACGAACUCGGUGUUCCCUUUGUCAUGUGCCGUAUAGAUGGACAUCAGAGCAUCCUGUGGAGAGAAUCUGAAGCUAAACUUCUCUUUUUUACCACUUUUAUGAGUCAAAAAGUCCGUAUUCAGUGUUUUAGAAAAGAAUUUUUCUUUUUCUUCAAUAAGUCUGAUUACAGAAAUGGGUUUACCAGUGUGAUGGCCGAGUCACUCAUGCUGAUCUGCUAUUUGUGUUGGGUAUUGUUUUUGAUAUUGCUCUCUGUUGUUAAAAACACUUGCUUGAUUAAAAGUGAAACCGGACCGGUCAGUUGUAUUUUAAAGUCUGUGGCCUCCCACCAUCCUGUUUGUCUCUCGGCGGAGUGCCCGAAAAAAAUAAAUAAAUAAAAAAGAUGUCAAAAAUGAGCUACAUGAGUAGAAUAGGGCUGAAAGGCUUAAUCACCGUGGAGAGAUAGUAAUCAUUUGAGGAAAAGUGUGUACCUUCAUGGCUGUGAAUGUAUGUAUGUGUGAGUGUAUGCGUGCGUUCAUGGGUCAUAUUGAUCAUUGUCCAGCCUUCAGUUGAGCCUGCCACUCGUUCGCUCAUGCAGACCCUCCCCCCUCCAUCACCACACCAACAGAAAGCAUAUUUGUGUUUACCUGCUGUAGGUUUUCUCUCCAUUAUGCAUCUUUGUGUCAUGCCUUACAUAUCUACAUUUCUGCAUUUGACUCUUUUUUUCUCUGCUUUUUUGCCAAAGUAUACUGCAGGAAAAUAUGUAUUAUUGUGUGUGUUGUGUUUAUCUGUGUUAUGUUUUUUUUAUUACACAUAUUUAUUGUUUUUUCUAAUGUUUUUUUUUUUACUUCAUGAGGUUUCUUGCCUAUAGUUCUUGCUUCUAGAACUAUCUGAUAGCUAAUAAGAAAUUUGUGCAGUACAGAUCCUAAUACAGAGCAACAAAUACUAAAUACAGAAUUUCUCACAUCAUGAAGGAUGUAUGGACAGUAACAAGCAACAUCACAAAAUCCUGCAUAUCCUGUAGUCCUACAGAUUUGUUUGAAUUGGUGCAUGAAUUCUUGUAUUAAUCAGAAAUCCACCGUUAUUACAGUAUACGGUACUAUACAAAAGUCAGAGACCACCCUUCAUUUAUUUUAUUUCCAGUCAAAACAACUAUUAAAUACUUUCAGUACAUUAAGUU